AUGCCAGCCUCCGCGGAGACGCCGCAACAGGCUGAUGGACGAGACGGGGAGAGGAGGGACAACGCCGACACACGCCGGCCAUCACCAAGCAUCGGGGCAAACGGCCCCGAGCACCUCCACACAGCCACCACCACCGACCAGGACCAGCUGCCGCCACACACCCGCUCGCAGAGAGAGGCGCCCCAGCUGGCCCAUGCGGGCCCAGAUCGAGCCCGCCAACCCACCGAGCCCGGAAGCCAGGACCCGCCCGCUGCCGCCUCCUGGAGCCGCCAGGACCGCAGCCGCCGCCGCUGGUCGCCACGCCGUCGCCGCAGCAAGCUGCGCCGCCGCGCCCAGCCCGCGCGACGCCCCCGGCUCGGCGAUUUCGGCCCGCGCCGAUCUCACCACGCGCGGGGGAGGAGGGGCCCCUCCACCGCCCACGACCAGCCUUUGGCCGGCGUCGCCUUCCGGGCGGCGGCGAGGGAAGGGAGGGGUUGGGUGGGGACGAGAGGGGCAGCGGCGCGGGGGUCCUCUCCUGUCGCCCGCGGGAGCGACGAGGAGAGGGACGCGGUCUUCUCUCCAGGAACCCUUCUUAAUUCCGGUUAA